UCAGAUAUGAAGUUAUACCAGGAAAUUUUGUAUUCCUUAUUCGUAGUCCCAUUCACAGCUGGAAAUGGAAUGAGAACAAAUGAAGGCCUUCGCAUCCACGACGGAAGUAUCUCCACCCUCGCCAUUGCUGUGUACCUCAUCGGUAUAGCGUUUGUGACAAUCUUCGUUUCUUCCACGCCUUUGCACGUAGAUCCCGAUAACUUUAUUCGUUUCGUCCUGAUAACAGUAGUUCUCAUUGGUGUUGGUGCCCUGGUAUUUCUCUGGGUGAAGUUUAGAAGACAGAUGCGUGAAAAUGAGAUAAUAGUUAACUAUACAACCAAUACCAAACCAACAGGACUGAGGCUUAAAUUUCUGUGGCUGUUCUGCUUGGGAUUGAUAGUUCGAGCAGCGCUCAGUAUGGCUAGGAGAUUUCACAAUAUAAGCACGUCCUACCAUUUGGCGAGGUCCUACGUCAGUAUUAUAUGGAAUAUUUUGCUUUUCGUCUUUGCUUGUCUACAGACGGCGUUCAUAAGUUACUUCCGAAAUACAGAAAUCGUAGGGUCCCUUCUUGUCCACUAUGGGAUGAUCUUUAUCGUUGUCGCAAAUUUGUCCGUCUGGUUUGACUCAAUUUUGGCACAGGAAAGACAUUUUUUCCACCUUAACUUUAAUGAAACAAAAAUCAAUAACUUUGGAGUGGAAUCUUUCAACUGCACUAAUGAAUCUUCUAUCGUCUGCUUCGCAGAGAAUGCAUUUCCGUACGUCUUGCCUAUAGUGGCCGAAUUCUGCUUAGUUUCCAUCGGAUUUCUCUUUCAAAUUUGGUCCUCAGCAAAAAGAACAAUGAUUAAAAAUUUCCUCAUGACCUCUUCUGAUAUACAGGGGGAAAGCACUUCUCUGCUGAAUAGUGAAUACGUCGAAAUAGACCAACAAUCAUCCUACAAUUAUGGAGCGCGCAGAAAGUCAGCACUUUUGUACCUUAGUGCUGCUGUUGGGGCCGUUUUUGUCGUUGUCCUUCUUAUUAUCGUCCUGGCCAUCCUGACUGAGAAAAAAGAGGAAGAGUUACGCAGUUUGUACAUAUCUCUUGAAAUAUACCGUCUUAUGUACGCCAUUAUCAUGAUUGGCCUUGUGUUCCUCGGUUUUGGCCUUUUAUAUGGUCAGUGCGUACCCACUAGUAACCCACGUCACAUUUCUGGAAGUGAGUACAUUCUGCUGUUUAGUUCCUUGGGAAUGGUGAUGUAUCUUGUCUUUGGAGUAGUGGCAGGUUUCAAUUUCAAAUCGCAAGGGUCGUGGAACAUUGCUGAAAACAUUUUAAGUCUGAUUCUUGUAUAUUUCCAGACUGUUCUAAUGCUGCAGUCCUACCGAUAUCGAAGAUACCGAAAACUAGAAUGUUUGUCAAUCAAGAAUGUUUUUAUGCUCCUAGCAGUGAUGAAUCUUGGACUUUGGUUCAAUGACAGCUUUCUGCAAAAUCGAGUACCUUACAUUAAUGAGGUUAAUUAUAAGAUGUAUAAACAAGAAAUAUGGGAUUUUGUGAACGGAACACUCUUUCCAAUCACCGUUUUCUUCCGGUUCCAAUGUUCAAUGAUAUUAUAUGAACUUCAUCAUCUUUUCCGUACCCAUAACUAAUUAAAUUUCUUGAUCUAAA